UGGCAUCCAGCUAAGGUCAACCCACCACAACUGGCAUAUAUCUUCUUAAUCUAAAAGGAAAAAAAAAAAAUACUCCAAGCCAUGUUAUCUCUGGAAAAUGAAACUCAUCAAUAGCAUCUCUUCAUUUGUGGUCUUUGCGAGCUCUUACAUCUUGGUCAACAUAUAGAGCAAAUGUACAACAAGCUGAUACAUUAUCUUGGUGUUUUUCUUCUACAGGGAAUCUUUUUUUUUCCUACAUUAAAAAACCCCAAACUGUACAGAGUUUCUUGGAAACGCUACAGUGGGAUGCAAAUUCUCUCAUGAGAACUCAGAAGACCUGGAGGUUUACUGCUUACCAGGUUAAAAUACCAAUCUGGAAAUUGGAUGUUUGCACAGCAUUUUCAGUUGAUCAACCCACCAUCAAAAUAGGUGCAUUAAAAGACAAUAUAUACCGAAGUAUUUAUACGUAAACCAAAAAUGUACAGGACAUUAGAUGAGGAUUUUCAAAGGAGCCAGAGGGAACUGCCUGUAAGGGAUCACAGAAGUAUAUUGGGAGUUUUGUGUGUUCGCCUUUUCCAAAUACCUGUUCUGGGCUGGAAUCUUACAACUCUAUCACUCAAAAGGUGUGACCCCAAACCAGGCACCCCUGGCUGGUGUGCUGCCCUGGUGCUGGCAGUGUCCCUGGCUGAUGGAGCUCUCUGCCCCCUUCCUUACCCUGCUCAUCCUUUAGUCUGUAGCGAAGUGAUGUGAAGUACGGGGAUAUAAGAUUUGCUGAUGUAUGGUUCUGCCCCAGGCUGACCACAGCGAGUUUCCCUGCUCAGGUUUCCCAGUGGCAGUGUAGGGGAUAUUUCUAUGGGCUAUUGCACUCACUACCUUUGAGCAUUGGGACCUUUAUUACAAAUCCUGGGUUUCAGUUCUUCAUUUUCUUUUUUUUUUUUAUUAUUUUAUUUUUCCAGCCAGAAAACUUAUAAGGGAACAAAAAGCCUCAGAAAGACCAGACAUAGCAUUGGUGGCACCCCACUGGUCUUUUAAGGCUUGUGGGUUUGCCACCUGGGAGAGAAGUGGACUCACGCAGUCACCUUUCUACCUACUGCAAUUUGGCUACUGAAUUUGUUACAAAUAUUUUUCACGUUUUUUGAGCCAAGGUUGAAAAACCAGUGCUUCCUUCCUACUCUAUUUUGGCCUGUGUUUCUAAAAGAGAGAUUAAAGAGAGGAACAGAGGGAGAUCAGAUACCUGGACAUGAGGAGAGAAAAUAAACUGGUGAUUGUAUUUCACACACGUAUGACAACAUACUUGUGAAAAUACAUUGCCACAGCUGGUCAUCAAAAUGAAGACUUUUAAAAUAUCAAAACUAAAUGUUUAAUGAUUAUAUAAAAGAGAUGGUCUUUUUGAUGGGAUGGCAGCAAAUACUAAUUUCCUCUAAAUGCUGGAAUUGAGCCUAAACUCUCCAAAGAGAAGCCGUAACCGGUGCCACUCACUUCUGUGCCUGAUCCACUGCUACUCAUGGCAAGUUAUUUCUCUGCCAAUUUCACUUCUGGUGGUUUCUGAUUCACUGUAAAUUGAAUACAGCUUCUCUAGUGGACCUACUUGCCCUGGAGCAACAACAGCAUGAGAUGGAUCUCACUGAGCAAUCAAAUAGAAAUUGGAAGAUGUAGAGAUAGUGCUGGCACUGCUGUGAGGCGGAACCACGGGCUCAGGGAGCAGCUCUGGAAGCUCUGCCAUUCUGAUUUUCAACUAAUAACAAAAAUACAGAUCUUGCCCUUUUGGGCUAUAGGCAUGGGAAGUUGUUACCUAAUCUGCUCACUGUCCAGUGAACAUAAUUAAGUCUCAUAUAUGGAAAGGUCCUGAUUAUAUAUCCUGCAUACAAUUUACGCCCCAAUUGUUUUCACUUAACGAGCAUGGCAGAUGCAUUGAGACAUCAUUCCUUAGGUGAAGAGGCCCUAGAGACCCUGCUAAGUAGAUCAGAUUUUGUAAAAUCCUUGCAAAGACAGAGCGUAGCAGUUACUGGCCAAAACAGGAUUUCUAAUGAACAUAUUUUCCUUAAAACCAAGAAGCAGUAGAAACUCCUGGAUGUCAUGAAGAGCCCCUUGCCCCACUCUCCCCAUGGCUUGUUAUCAUAUUCCUCACACAACCCUGGCUAAAUCAAAGAUGCUUGUGAAUUCUUUCCUUUUAAAUCGUGUAAAAUCAUUUUUUCAACCAUCUGAGAAACCAAGUGUCCCACAAAUGUUACACAUAGUUUACUUCCUUCAGGGAUUUAUGUUUCAAUCUAAUUGUUCUAGCUCUUGCUGUGGGGCUUUACUGGCUGAAGAAAUAGAGAGCAGCACACCCAUUGCUUUGCUUGAGCAAAAAGCUGUUUCCUCAAGGAUGACAUACCCAUCACAGAAGUCUCUUCAUUGCUUUUCACAGAAUCGUAGGCUGUCGAUCACAAAUCAAUGAUUUUAGCCCUUCUCUAACCAGCCAGUACCUUGAAAGAUGACACUGCCUGGCUCGUGUGCCAUCCAUCCCCAUGACACACAUUUGUGCAUCUGUUGAUCUUAACGUAGCCUGCUGCCAGCUUUAACUUGCCAAGGGAGGGUCUCUGGCUUUUCUAGGUAUUCCCUGGGGCACGUGUGAAAGCUGUAGCUGCCUAAUGGGAUGCAUAUUUCCCACACUAAAUUACGUGAGGACAACUUCAAAUAAAAGGCAGGGAGCAUCCACCCCAACCCAGAGCUGGUGCUGCAAGGAGGCAGCAAGGCAGGAGCAGCAGGCAGGUCCUCCUCCGCUCCCCUUGGCGUGCAGGCAGCCGAGCCGCGCUCCGCCAGAUGAACCCCUUGCCGGUAGGCAAAUGCUAGGGAAAAAACAGCCAAUUGCAAUCCAAUGUUUUCUCUUUCCAGGACAGUUUCCAGAGGGAUUACACUCAUCCUCUAGCCAGAGUGACCAGCAGAAGGCUCAAGCUUUUGGAGAAGAUCUUUGGGGUGUAGCAGGAUUUAAGGCAUAGCAGGAGGAAAGCUUAAAAGUCAACACUGGGGGCCUAAAAGAAAUCUGAAGGGCUACCACUUGCUCUGCCAAGGUGUGCAACUCUGAAAAAGGAAACUUCUGUGGCCAGAGAAAGCUCUAGUGGACGUUCAACAUAAAUUGGAGACUCCAUGUUAGAGAAUUUCUGAGUUAAUACCAUUUUGGUCACUUUUUUUGCAUCCACUUCUUUCUGCUUAGAAGGGAAUGGGUGGGAUGCGACAUCGCAGGCAGUGUUUGCACUCUGAAGGCCCGACCCUUAUCUGCACACUGGUGUACUUGCACUUGAUCGAGGUGGGAUCACAGUCCUUGACUGUGUCCCGAGUCCUUGAUCGCUCUCCAAAGGCAGCAGCUGUAUGUAAUUCAGCAUAACAGCUUCUACAGGCACCACUCCACUACUCUGUCUGGCUGCUCAACAGACCCCUGCGGUGUUACCAACUUUCUUUGAGAAAGGUCCUGCUUUGAAUCCACGGGGAAGCCAGCUUGCAGCCUGUCACUCUGUUUUCUCAGGAACUUUGGCAAUGCUGAACAUUCUUGUGUUUUUGCUUUCAUGGAACUAUAAUUUACAUAAGCACAGGAGACAAGACCCACAUCUGAAAAAAAAAAAAAAGCUUUCGUAGAUUUUUAACUAUUGUUUCCUGCCGGUGUGUGAUAUCAUAAUGUUCAAAUUAAUCACUUCUGAGGAGCAGUUGUGAAUUUCCGCAGUGCUAAAGAAAGUCACGGCAGUAGGUGACUCAAUUCCACAUUUGUUUUCUCUAAAAUGCUGUCCAAGCUAGUGGGUGGGCACUUGGUAUCAGUUUUAUAAUUGGGUUUUUCCAUAUUAGAAUGGGAAUUUUGUGAAGACUCUAUUAAAAGGAGUGUUCUCCUAUUCUUCUGUCACCCAUCAGACUGAGUUGCACAUGAAUGCCAGCAUGCUGUCAUCCAUACUCUUCUCUUGUUUGCUGCUCUCUGUGCAAGCACAGAAUUGCAGUGUCCGUGAAAUUAUCCGGUAUACAAAACGUCUGCUCGAGGGAAGUUCCGUAAGUUGCCCAUGUAGGGAGACAGCUGCCAGUUCAUGUUCGUGUCUUCCCAUCGCUGAGUCUGGCCAUGAAUUGGCAUGCUUUGUGGAAGGAACCGAACACAUGCUGAAAAACAACGUAUCUUCAAGUGCAGUAAUUGCAAGACUUAAUCUAACCUUUCAGACUCAGCUGGACAGAAAAUUCUGUGAAAGCCUGGCACGCGGGAAUCAAUGCCAGUACAAGACCAAGGGAAAUGUGAAGGAGUUUUUGAAUAAAAUCCUGACAACCUAUCAAGAAAUCAAUAAAUCUAGAGCUUAAAAAAAAUAUAAAAAACCCAAAAUUCUUUUAUAAGAAGGGGGAGCAGAAAUGUUAUUUAUUGUAUUUAUUGUCCACCUGAAAUAUAAAAGAUAGAAAUAACAACUGCUAAACCAAUAAAGCCAUAAUUAACCUGAA